GACAAUAAUCACGUGGAAAAGAUCUUGUUUGUUGGGCUCCUCCCACUAGGACAAUCAAGCUUCCUUUCUGGGUUAAAUAAUGUAGUGCCCUAUCCAAUGCACAACCUACCAAGCAGUUCCGGCCGUGCUUUUUUCUCUGAUUCAUUUGGACUUACCGAAAUGGAAGUUGCUUCUCUGCUAGAACAAAAAAAAAUAAUUGACAAACUUGAUAUCCUGAAACGUUACUAUAAUGGAUAUCAAACGAGCACUGGUGUUCGUAUUUUCAACCCACAUUCAGUGAUAUCUUAUCUAUAUAACAACGUUAUCAAUUAUUAUUGGAUCAACAGUAGUCAUACAACUACACUUGUAAAAUACCUAAAAAUGUGUGGACCGGAUAUUAAAGAACUGCUAUAUAAUCUUUUAUAUUCCUUCUACCAAUCACAAGGUGUUGAUUUAUUACAAGAUGUGGAACUCAAGUCGCAUCUCCGAUACGAUAUCAUUGAUAAGAAUCCAGAUAUAAACGCAAUAUAUACUUUAUUAUACUACAGUGGUUACUUGACCGUGGUAUCAUCAACAGAUAUUACGAUGGUUAAACUAGUUAUCCCAAAUGAAGAGGUAGCAUACCAAUGGAAGUUAUGGAUUUUUGAUAUUAUAGGCAUGGAACGUGUAAAGACAAACGGAAUCUACGAAUCGUUGUUCAAAAAAAAUAUUGUAGCGUUUUGUGAGCAAUUUCCAUCAUUUUAUAUGGAGUUAGUGUCUUGUUAUGAUAUUGCCGAUGCCAAAAGAUGUAGAUUAUACGAAACAUGGUAUCAUUCAUUUAUUCUCGGAGCACUUGCUAU